AUGAAAUCUUCGUUCAAUACGAGUAAUGGUUACAAUCAUUACAACAGUAAUUACUUGACAUUCAUUGAGAGUCACCAGAAGACAGACUCAUCCCAUGAAAGACAAUCGCAGUCCAACUGUCGGACACCCAUCGCAUGGCAUAACCGAAGCCUAAACCUCUCACAACCCCUGUCUUUAGUGCAAAGUCCAGUCAACUAUCCCACCAAAUAUCGGCGCCCAUCAGCUCAACGCUCUUCCCAAAGACCCUCUUCGCCAUCCGCCACAACCACUUCGUCCGAUGAUAGGGAAGAGGUUCCGAUGGUUAGGCAUCACAUCCGCAGACCCAACAGUCGAGUGACCACAAGUAGUGCUAUGACUGUCGAUAACCGAAGACCACAACACAUGAUUGCAAACAAAUACGGCAAUCAUAUGAUGAGUGCAAUGAUUUCGGGCGAGUAUUCAGUUCCGAUGCAUACCUUCAGAAACGGCACUUUAAGGUCAACUAAAAGUGUUCCCGCGUUAGCGAUGGCCACCACAAUGGGUGGCGACAGUUGUCCCGUUCACGGACUCGGAGGACAUUCAAAUGGACUACUGAUGCACGCCUGCCAUCCCUACUACCCCUCCAUUCCCACACAAACCCUUAAUUUUCGUCGAUUUGGAUCUAUUUCUGAUAUGCGAGAGACUCGGCUGCCGAUCAUCAGCAAUGGACUGUCAUAUUUGGCUCCCAUACCCGAAAACAAACAGACGUGUGCACUCAUGCCUGUCUACUAUUCACAGUCCCAAUCGCCACUGUCAGCCCUCCCGGCGCCCAAUAACAACAUUCCUCUGCAACUAAUGCAACAAAAGGCACAUCCGAUGCAUACGACACGUCCGAUGAUAUUUCCUGCUUAUGCAGAACCCCUGCCAUUUCGCAGCCCUUUCAAAGUCUCGUCUCCCGUCCCAUCGCAUCACACCAUCAAAAUGGGAGAUAAUUAUGGCAACAAUUCCGAUGAUAUCUGUUGCAGAGGACAUCUCAUUGUUCUGUGGAUAAUAUUAGGUAUCGUCACAGUCGGAGUCAUAUCUGGGAUAAUACUCGCCGUCACAUUGAAUUGA